AUGGAAGGGGGGUCACCUCCACCAGUCACACAACAGGAGAGGAACAACAGGAACCAACACAAUGGACAAGAGACGUAUACCCUGGAGCCACCAGAGGUCAAACGCUACUUGGUCAAAGGAGGUGGGUUUACCAAAUGGUCAGAGAACUGGGCUGCUGAUAUCCUGUCCAUUGCUUACAACCCAUCGAGGACCAACGCAUGCAGACAUGUCUUCAUGGAGAAAAUGUAUGUCCGUAUCUCCCUUCAGACCAAUAAAGAUGUUAAGAUCCCUGUCAAAAAUGUUUACAAGAUGUUUCUAGCCGAUAAGAAGAGGGUGGAGAGUGCCCUGGCUUCAGCACACCUCCCCACAAUUCUGAGGUGACACUAUGAACUGGACAUCUUCCAUGAAGCUGCUUUCAAGCUCUUCCUGAUGAGUCUUUGUCCCUGGCCUGAGAUAUAUGAGAUAUUCACAUCCUAGUAAGUGAAAAAUCGAAAUUGACCGAGCAGUGUGAUUCUUACUAAUUGGAGAAUACAGAAGCAGCGUUACCCCCGCCUCACUGAAGAGCUCUUCUCCCGUAUCGGACCUGACCAGAUGAAGGACCUCAUCGAAAAGUAUGAGCCCUGCUCCUCCAACGCCAACAGAGGAGAGAUACACAUAGAAGGUCCGCUGUUCUAUCUGACAUCUGUGGUAAUACUGGACAAACUGGCCAAGUGUCAGGAGAUGAGCCAACCGCUGCCACAUUGCCUAAUCAAGUCCAACACAUACCAGACAGUGGGUCAGUUUUCCGGCGUGACGGCGCCCCAGUGUCUGCUGGCCGGCUGCCGUUGCCUGGAGCUGGACUGCUGGAAGGGAAAACCACUGGAUGAAGAACCCAUCAUCAUCCACUGAUUCACCAUGACAACCGAGAUCCUGUUCAAAGGAUUUGCUGAUGUUAAGUUGGGGCAGGAGUUAGAUGAGGAGAAAAACAAGAGCUACCUCAUCUCAUCUUUUGUGGAGACCAAAGGGGACCAAAUGAUAUCCAAGACUGCAGUGGAGUUUAUGGGGUAUCAUAACAGGCAGAUGAGAAUAAUCUACCCUAAAGGAACCAGACUGUCCAACUACAGCCCACAGCCCUUCUGGAAUGCUGGCUGCCCGAUGGUGGCGCUCAACUUUCAAACUAUGGAUUUCCUAAUGCAGCACAAGUCUUUAUUUGAAUUCAACAGAAGGACAGACUACCUCCUCAAUCAUGACCUCUUCUGCAGUAGUAACAAGACGUUUGACCCCUACUGUGACAGGAUCGACACCAUCAUUGACAACACACUGACCAUCAAGAUCUAUUCAGGCCCGUUUCUGUCAGACAAGAGUGUGAAGACAGGCGUUAAGAAGUACCAGACCAAGUUGUAUCCCAUACCGAACACCAUUAACCCAGUGUGGAACGAGGAACCAUUUGUUUUUGAGAAGAUCCUGCUGCCUGACAUGGCCUCCCUCAGGAUCGUGGUUCACGAGGAGGGCGGGAAGUUUCUGGGCCACAGGAUCAUUCCCACUGAGGCCUUUCAGUCAGGCUUCCAGCACAUCUGUCUGCGCAGCGAGAGCAACAUGCCGCUCACUCUGACAGCUCUCUUUGUGUACAUCGAGGUCAAGGACUACAUCCCUGCUGCUUUUGCAGGUACAAUUUCAGAUGCCUUAUUCAACCCAACAAAGAAUUAUGAGAAGGCAACAAAGACAACAGAGGAUUUAUCAGCAGACUACGUCUCCCCCUUUGAGGCGCCCCUUGUCAACAUAACACAGACUGUGGGGGAGGAGACUGCAUUUGCAGAAACAGUGUGGAGGAUGAACCUGCCACAAUCAUUCAGCCAUCUGUUGUUAACCUCCACCGGGAGUGUUAAGAAGUUUCCAAAGCCUGAGGGCCUCCCUAAGGUUGACCCAGAGGCUGAACCAGCCACAGAGUUGACUCCUGACCCCAAGGUCGUCCCUACCCCUGAUCCAGAUGUUGAAUCCACCACAGGAGAGCUGCCCACAGUUGCCUGUGAGGACAUAAAGGAACUGGGGAAGAAGUUCCAGAAGAAAGUAGAGCAGCUCAUCCAGAAAUACAGUGACACAUUCAAUGCGCUCAAGAAGAACGCCAUGAAGAAAAAAUAUUAA